AUGGCCUCUGUCACAGACUCUGUCACAACCCCUGUCACAGACUCUGUCCUAGCCCCUGUCAGAGCCUCUAUCGUAGAUUCUGUCUCAGUUUUGUCCCAGCCCCUUUAUCAGCCUGUCACAGCCUCUAUCACAUUCUGUCACGGCCCUAUCACAGCCUCUAUCACAGACUCUGUCACAGUCCCUGUCACAGCCCAUCACAGCCCCUAUCACAGCCCCUGUCACAGACUCUGUCACAGCUCCUGUCACAGCUCCUGUCACAGUCCAUCACAGCCUUUGUCGCAGCCUCUAUCACAGCCUCUAUCACAGAUUCUGCCUCAGUCUUGUCACAGACCCUGUCACAGCCCCUAUCACAGCCCCUGUCAUAGCCCCUGUCACAGUUCCUGUCAUGGCCUCUGUCACAGACUCUGUCACAGCCCCUGUCACAGGCUCUGUCCUAGCCCCCAUCACAGCCUCUAUCAUAGAUUCUGUCUCAGUUUUGUCCCUGUAGUAGCCUCUGUCCCAGCCCCUGUCUCAGCCUGUCACAGUCCCUAUCACAGCCUCUAUCACAGCCUGUCACAGUCUCAUCACAACCUCUAUCACAGACUCUGUCAUAGCCCCUGUCACAGCCCCUGUCACAGCCACUGUCACAGUCCCUGUCACAACCUCUAUCACAGCCUAUCACAGCUCCAUCACAGCCUCUAUCACAGUCUCUGUCACAGCCUCUGUCACAGAUCCUGUCACAGCCUCUGUCAUAGGUUUUGUCUCAGCCUUGUCAUAGACCCCUGUCAUAGCCCCUGUCACAGCCUCUAUCACAGACCCUAUCAUAGUGUCUGCCACAGCCCCUAUCACAGCCUCUAUCACCCUCUCCCUGACACUGCCUCUGCUCUGGACCCUGCAGGGUGGCCUGUGGGGCACGGCUCUCGUUACACAGCGGAACUGUCUCUCUCUGGAAGGCGUCCAGCGAAAGGCUCAUGUAAUAGCAGGGAAGGACGGAGAGAGCAUGAGUUGGGGACAGGGGCAGAGGAAAAGAGAGAAAGAAUCUUAAGCAGGCUCCACAUUCAGCAUGGGGUUCAAUCCCACAGACCUGGGAUCAGGCAUGACCUGAGCUGAAAUGAAGAGUUGGACACUCAACCAACUGAGCCACCCAGACGCCCCAUUCUCAGCCUCCAUCCAUUGGUGGCUGUGCUCAGGGACGGGCACCAAGGCUUGGUCAAGACUGCGUGGUUAAUUUGUUCUCUCCAUACAUCUACAUCCAAUCGGGCUGCUCCCAUGUUCCUUUUCCCUUCCAGUUUUUUCAUCAGGAAGCCUUGAGAUGGGAAACCUGAGGGAAUGUAGCAGAUUCCAAUAUUACUUCUUGGGGCCUCAUCCCCAGUUCAGGACCACCAGCAGGAAAUUUACAUACCCCCAAUUCCAGCCCACAGAGCAGACCUGCCUCAGAGCAGAGCAGAAGGUGCACUGGGAGGACCAUAUCUACCCUAAACAGAAAGAUGGAGUUGCACCUGUGAAUGGUGGGAGCCUUGAGCAUAAGGUCAAGGGUGUGACCUCUGGGUCAAUUUCUCUGAUCCCACUUAGGCAAGUGCUCAUCCAGCGAGAAGAAAAUCUGCCUUCUAGAGAAUCAGCCAAGACUUACCAGGGAUGAAGAAUUCAAAGAAGGCAAUCCUGCAUAACAAGACAUCCUUUUUGUCCCAACAGCAAUUUUAAAGACAAAUAU